GAAGGAGACCCACAGCUCUGUGGUUGUAGAACUUGAACUCUGUGUUCAGCCAGGUGCCCUGCUCCCUCCAGCACCAUGCCUUACAACUGCUGCCUGCCCAACCUGAGCUGCCGCUCCACCUGCUCCUCCCGGCCCUGCGUGCCCCCCAGCUGCCACACCUGCACCCUGCCUGGGGCCUGCAACAUCCCCGCCAAUGUGGGCAACUGUGGCUGGUUCUGUGAGGGCUCCUUCAAUGGCAGCGAGAAGGAGACCAUGCAGUUCCUGAACGACCGCCUGGCCAGCUACCUGGAGAAGGUGCGUCAGCUGGAGCGGGAGAACGCGGAGCUGGAGAGCCGCAUCCGGGAGUGGUGCCAGCAGCAGGUGCCUUUCGUGUGUCCCAGCUACCAGUCCUACUUCCGGACCAUCGAGGAGCUCCAGCAGAAGAUCUUGUGUAACAAGUCAGAGAAUGCCAGGCUGGUGGUGCAGAUCGACAAUGCCAAGUUGGCCUCAGAUGACUUCAGGACCAAGUACGAGACAGAGGUGGGCUUGCGGCAGCUGGUGGAGUCGGACAUCAAUGGCCUGCGCAGGAUCCUGGACGAGCUGACCCUAUGCAAGUCCGACCUGGAGGCCCAGGUGGAGUCCCUGAAGGAGGAGCUGCUGAGUCUCAAGCAGAACCACGAGCAGGAAGUCAACAUCUUGCGCUGCCAGAUUGGAGACCGCCUCAACGUGGAGGUGGAUGCAGCCCCAACUGUGGACCUGAACCGUGUGCUCAACGAGACCAGGAGUCAGUAUGAGGCCCUGGUGGAGACCAACCGCAGGGACGUGGAGGAAUGGUUCACCACCCAGACUGAGGAGCUGAACAAGCAGGUGGUGUCCAGCUCGGAGCAGCUGCAGUCCUGCCAGGCAGAGAUCAUCGAGCUGAGACGCACGGUCAACGCCUUGGAGAUCGAGCUCCAGGCCCAGCACAACCUGAGGGACUCCCUGGAGAACACGCUGACAGAGACUGAGGCGCGCUACAGCUCUCAGCUGAACCAGGUGCAGUGCAUGAUCACCAACGUGGAGUCCCAGCUUGCUGAGAUCAGGUGUGACCUGGAGCGGCAGAACCAGGAGUACCAGGUGCUGCUGGACGUCAAGGCCCGGCUGGAGUGUGAGAUCAACACGUACCGGGGUCUGCUGGAGAGUGAGGACUGCAAGCUUCCCUGCAACCCAUGUGCCACAACCAAUGCAUGUGACAAGCCAAUAGGGCCUUGUGUCUCCAAUCCUUGUGCCCAACGUGCUUGGUGUGGACCUUGCAACACCUUUGUGCGGUAGUGGCCCUGGUGCCAGGAGGAGGAGAAGGGUUCCAAAGUCACAUCUCAACUCUACUUAAUACAAGCAUCUCCUAACGUGACCACACUUUGGACAAAGGAAGAAUUUCUACCAGUACCAGCUUCUAAGUGUCAACUCUGCCUUUCACUGAAUUUCCUGGCUGGAUCCUUUAGAAUGCAAAGUACUUAUCAGCUUCUUCUGUCUUCUGAGCACAUAGAGAAAUCUACAGCAGGAUUGGGCAAUAUCUAUUAUCACAAUUACACACUUGCAUAACAUGUUCUGCUUGAACAAAUACUUAUUUAAAUGUGAUUUCAAAAUAAUGACAUGAAAGUGUAAUGGAGCCAAAAGGCAGGUUAUAAAACUGAACAUAAUUGGGAAAAAAAUCUUCCUUGUCACUCUUUUGGUCUUUGGAGAUACAGUAAGGAUCCCUUGUUAACUUCCUAAUAAACUCUUAUUCUUGCACAAAUAUGA